CUGACGCCACAGUGCUGCUGCUACUAUAGACAGGAGUGGGUAGGUCGCGUUACAAUACACACAGCUACACAACGUCGCAAACUGUUUUUAUAAAUUGAUAUCACGACUGUGGGACUCGGUGUCUCGACGUUCCCCCGCGAGCCACAUUUCUUCCUUCUGCCAUCCGAUCUUGGCUGAACGUGCGCGACAAGCAGCAGCAGCAGCAGCAGCCGCCGCCGGCCGCGUCGAGUAGGUGCCACUGGGAGAGAGAGAGAGAGAGAGAGAGAGAGAGGAGAGGGGCGAGAGAGUGAGCGGGAGAGAGAGAGAGAGAGAGAGAGAAAGAAAGAAAGAAAGAUAGGUAGAAAAAAAAAGAGUGCGUCUGUGCUGCGCGCCCGAGAGAGUGCUUUGAUUGUGCAUCAGACAUUUGCCUUAAUAAUUUUAAGACUUUCCAAUCGAAGAUUUAUUUGCUGUUGGAAGCGAGAUAUCAGCUUUAGAAGUUAGACAGUAAGAAGAUGGUCAUGGAGGCAACCCCUUCUCCGCAGAGUGUCGGUCGUGAGUUUGUCCGACAAUAUUACACUUUACUGAAUCAAGCUCCAGCCCAUCUUCACAGAUUCUACAAUCAACAUUCUUCCUUUGUACACGGAGGACUAGAUUCCAACAGAGAAUCUACACCGGCGAUUGGUCAGAAGCAGAUCCACCAAAAGAUCCAGCAACUGAACUUUUGCGACUGUCACGCCAAAAUAAGUCAAGUUGACUCCCAGCUUACUCUCGAAAAUGGAGUGGUUGUGCAGGUGUCGGGAGAAUUGUCGAACGCUGGCCAGCCGAUGCGUCGGUUUACUCAAACCUUUGUGUUAGCGAUACAAGCCCCGAAGACUUAUUACGUCCAUAACGACAUCUUCCGCUAUCAAGACCUGAUAUUCCCCGACGAGGAGGAGGCCGACGGCGUAGGCGGCGUGGAAGGCGGCGAGAGCGGCGAGAGAGAAGUGGAGGAGAGUGGUCGAUCCGAGCCUGAAGAAGACGAGCAUCCUACUCAGGCUCAACAGCUGUCGGCAGCUCCGGCUGCAGCCGCUCCCGAGCAGCAAACUCAGCCGCCACUCAUCCCGACGCAGCAACCGCCGCUUCAGCAACAACCGCCGAUGUAUUACGGUGGAUUGCCAACUCCAUCGCCACAUCUGUAUAUACAUACAAUUCAGGUUCAUCCGGUGAUGCAAGUAUUGAACGGAUCGGUACAUGAGGAAGCGUCGUUGAUGAACCAGCAGCCGCCGCCGCAGCAACAGCAACAGCCGCCGCCGCCGCCGCCUCCGACCCAGCAACAUCAGUACAUAGCUGAGCCGGCCGCGCAGACUCAGUUCGUGAAGGAGAAGGAACGCGACGGCAAUGGCGAGCAGCCGAAGCAGCAGCAGGUCGAGGAUGAGCCGCAGGCUCAGACGGAAGAGAGAAGUGAGAAGCCCGAAGGUGAAGCCGCGUCUCCGAAGGAGGCCGGGGCGGAGCCGGAGCGUCCAGUUUCAAACACCGCUGUAAACAGCAACGGACCCAAAACAUACGCGAACUUGGUAAAAUCUUACCCAAGCACCACUGGUGCUACUAGUCCUCAAACUCCUAAACUACCUGCUUCUCCGCCGCCAAUGACGAAUUUACGCUUGGACGACAGGACGCCGUUGCAUCCUGCGAACAAUGGAUCCACACUGUCGGUUACAGGCAAUGUGUCCACAACUCAGCAGCAAGUGCACCGAGUGGGGAAUCAACCUACGCAACAGCAGCAGCAGCAGCACCCGCAGCAGCAACGAGUACCGAGGGGAGGAUUGGUACAGAGAGAUGGGGAGAGGCGCGGUACAAGACCAGGACAAUACAGCGACGCUCAUCAACUCUUCCUGGGCAAUUUGCCGCAUAAUGCAUCCGAAAGCGACUUACGCCAGGUAUUCGAGCGUUACGGAAGAGUUGCGGAGCUACGCGUGCACAGCAAAUCAAAUGACAGGUGCAAAGGCCCACAAGGCGGGAACAAUACUGCACGAGUGCCUAAUUACGGAUUUAUCACAUUCGAGGAUCAGCAGGUUGUUACCAAGGUCUUGAACUCUUUGCCUAUCUAUUAUCCUGACGAGAGUGGACAAAAAUUGAACGUGGAAGAGAAGAAGGUGAGGCCUAGGAUGUCUCUGGACGGCAGUGGUGGUAGAUUGAACUCCGGGGACGGUGGCAUACGUUCCAUGGGUGGACAGCAGCAGCAGCAACAGCAGCAGCAGCGUGGCCCAGGCGGGCCUGGAGGUGUGAUGAGAGGCGGACAGCACGGGGCGCGAGGCGGACGUGGAGGUUUCUCGCGGGGCGGCGACGGCGGCAGGGGCGGUGGCGGCAUGCGGCAGCCCGGCAAUCCGAGCAACCCUGGCUAUCAAAACCGUCGCUAAUACCGACCACA